AAGACACGGCCGGAGCGCACGUUUUUCGAUUCACCCCAGAAACACAUCUACAACAGCGUAACGAUGGCCCCCAAGAGCAAGAAGGCUGGUGACACCAUCUCCUCGCGCCUGGCGCUUGUGAUGAAGAGUGGAAAGGUCACCCUUGGCUACAAGACCACCAUCAAGACCCUGCGUUCCGGCAAGGCCAAGUUGGUUAUCAUCGCCGCCAACACUCCUCCCCUCCGCAAGUCUGAGCUCGAGUACUACGCCAUGCUUGCCAAGACUCCCGUUCACCACUUCUCUGGUAACAACAUCGAGCUUGGUACUGCCUGCGGUCGUCUCUACCGCUGCUCCACCAUGACCGUUCUGGAUGCUGGUGACUCCGACAUCCUCUCCAGCCAGUAAGCGGAGGGUUGGGAUCGUUAUGUCUGAAUGAUGAAUGUUGGCGGAUCUGCCAGAUUUCAUGAGAUUUUAGAUAUGACAAUAUAAAAAUUCAAAGCCCCAGCAUCUGUA